AAACUCCAAGAAAGCAUGGAGUCUUUCAAAUUCUGCAUCUCUUCUCUUGUCCUUCAAGCUCUCUUCAAUACUUUCCCUACGGCCGAGGCAGUCCCAGCAGUGUGCUCUGAGGUUUUUAGAGAAUACAUUGGAGCUGAGGGAAAGAAUGUCACAUUCUCUGACGUCCCAAUUAAUCCAAAUAUUGAGUUUCACUUCCUCCUCUCGUUUGCUAUAGACUACACAAACACAAGUUCACCAGAACCCACUAAUGGUAACUUCCUGGUCUAUUGGGACACUGAUAACCUCACCCCUUCUCAUAUUUCUUCCAUCAAGGCCCAGUAUAAAAACGUUAAGGUAGGUAUGAGUCUCGGUGGUGAUACAGUGAAUGGUAAAAAUGCCACUUUCGCUCCUACUUCAAUUACUUCUUGGGUGAGAAAUGCAGUAUAUUCAAUCACCAAGAUAGCGAAUGAGUACAACCUGGAUGCAAUAGAUAUAGAUUAUGAACACUUCAAUGCAGAUCCAGAUACAUUCGCCGAGUGCAUCGGGCGACUAUUGUACUACCUUAAACAAAACAAUGUCGUCUCUUACACAUCAAUAGCACCAUAUGCAGAUGACUCAGUGCAGGUGCAUUAUUUAGCACUCUGGAAAAAGUAUGGUCAUAUAAUAGACUAUGUCAAUUUCCAAUUUUAUGCCUAUGAAAAGGGCACAACCAUUCCUCAGUUCCUGCAGUACUUUGAAAUCCAGAGGUAUAACUACAAAGGAGGCAAGAUUCUAGUGAGCUUUGGAACUGACAACAGUGGUGGCUUGUCUCCUAAACAUGGAUUCUUUGAUGCAUGCACCAUACUAAGGAGUCAGGGAAAUCUUCAUGGUAUUUUUAUUUGGUCUGCAGAUGACUCUACGAAUGAUCGUUUUCUAUAUGAAAAGCUGUCACAGGACCUCUUAGCCAGUGCAAUUUAA